CACACAGGGAGUCCAGCAAGACCAGAGCAAUCCUAUAGCAUCUUGGCACACAAUGGCAGAGAAACCCUUGACAGACUGGGACAGUGGUCUUUGUGACUGCUUUGAGGAUGCACAUACUUGUUGCUAUGGAUUCUGGUGCGGCCCCUGCCUCGCCUGCACCGUUUCAGGAAGAUUUGGAGAGAACUACUGUCUCCCUUUAUGUGACAUACUUGGUUCUGCUGCAUUAGCAGCCUGUGGGAUACCCCUCUGUGUUCCACCAGCAGUUUUGUCUGUAAGGGCUGCCAUGCGAAACAGAUAUGGCAUCAAGGGCUCUCUCUGUAAGGACAUUGCAAUUUCCUGCUUCUGUGAGUGGUGCUCCUGGUGUCAGAUGCAUCGCGAGUUAAAGCAUCGCAAGAAAACGCCAACUGUCAUCAACUUACACAAUAACACUGUCAUCAACAUGCAGCCUGUUCCAACUGUCCAGCCAGGAGUGAUGAUGAUGCCUGCGCAACCAGUUGCAACUGGUUUCAUGACUCAACUAGGAGUUGUCAUUCACUAA